AUGCCGAGCACACUUCCGAGCGGCCAUGCGGUCUCGCUCCUCCUCCGUCUUCCAGCCGAGAUUCGCCUCAUGAUCUACGAGUAUUCCUUCUAUGGGUCGCAAUGGGGCUUUGUACCCGACCCUCCUGACGUCUAUACCCCCAAGACGGUGUUUACUCGUCGAUCAGGUUUCAGAGACCGCGAGCCCAAACCUGCCUUUCGCGUCAGCGCCCAUUGGAGGCUACUCAUGACCUGCCGUGGGGUCUUCGAAGAGGCGAGCCCGACCUAUUGGGGUGCGACGGCGUUAAACGCAUUCACCUUUACCUGGGGCGAAGCCUGCGACCUUUACCAUAAAAUCCCAGAUGAUGCAGCCAAGUACGUGCGACAUCUACAGUCCGUCAGUCUUGGUCCUGGAGCGUACCUUGAGUUGCCUGGCGAGUUUGUGAGGCUGCUGGGACUCUUCGAAAGGCUCCAGACCUGCACUUUCCUCCCGGCCCGUUACUCGUUCAUCAACGACGACCCAUCUGGGUUGAGCCAGAUCAGGCGAGACGAGGCCAUAAUCGCAGGACUCCUUCUCAAGCCCACACUUCUGGAAGAAACUGGCGUGAAGAAGACAACUACGGUGGAUUUCUUGGGAAAAGUGAUCACCAAUGAGAAGUUCUUUCGAGCCUCGACAUCUUCUCAAGGAAAAACAAUUCGAAUGGUUAUAUUUCUCAACUACUCGACCAGGCUGCACUCUGGUGCCUGUACCGCCGAACUGCCAGAUGAAGUCGGUUUCCGGAUGGUCGGAGGGGGCGGCGUUGUCACCUUCAUCUCCACCUACCCGUUUCUCCCGAAGCCCAAGCCCCUCAGAAGCCCCUCAGCUCCGGUCAUCGCCACUUCUGGGAACAAGACCGGCGUCUACCUCUGA